GUUGUCUGGCCGGAGGAGGCAGAGGUCGUUCGCUCUCUUGCUCAGGCCUUCUGUGGCGGUCGGCGGGCAGGUCGGUCGCGAUAGUCGGGCGCCGAGCAGGGGCGAGGCUAUGUCGCGGUGGCAGCCCGGAUGGGCCGGCAGGGCCGGGAGUAACGGGACGUCGCCGCGGAGCUUCUUCCCCCGGAUACAGUGCGGCCCGUGCGGAGGCCGCGGCGCCGCCCUCCGGUCCUGAGGAGCCCGCGCUGCCCAGGGCCCGCACCGCCUUCUCACCCGCACCGACGCCAACCGACCUGAUCCUGCCGGACCCAGCCAGGCCCGACUGAGCGCCGCGCAAGCAGGCAAUAUUAGCCUCUUGGAGCACAAGACCCCUUCCUCAAGGACAUGAAGCUGUUGGAGAACUCCAGCUUCGAGGCCAUCAACUCGCAGCUGACGGUGGAGACUGGAGAUGCCCACAUCAUCGGCAGGAUUGAGAGCUACUCAUGCAAGAUGGCUGGAGAUGACAAGCACAUGUUCAAGCAGUUCUGUCAGGAGGGCCAGCCACACGUGCUGGAGGCACUGUCCCCACCCCAGACCUCAGGCCUCAGCCCCAGCAGACUGAGUAAGAGUCAAGGCGGUGAGGAUGAGGGCCCCCUCAGCGACAAGUGCAGCCGCAAAACCCUCUUCUACCUGAUCGCCACACUCAAUGAGUCCUUCCGGCCAGACUAUGACUUCAGCACAGCCCGAAGCCACGAGUUCAGCCGGGAGCCCAGCCUCAGCUGGGUGGUGAACGCAGUCAACUGCAGUCUGUUCUCCGCCGUACGAGAGGACUUCAAGGCCCUGAAGCCACAACUGUGGAACGCAGUCGAUGAGGAGAUCUGCCUGGCCGAGUGCGACAUCUACAGCUACAAUCCAGACUUGGAUUCAGAUCCUUUUGGGGAGGACGGCAGUCUCUGGUCCUUCAACUACUUUUUCUACAACAAGCGGCUGAAACGGAUUGUUUUCUUCAGCUGCCGCUCUAUCAGUGGGUCCACCUACACUUCCUCAGAGGCAGGCAACGAGCUGGACAUGGAGCUAGGGGAGGAGGAGGAGGAGAGCGGCGGUGGAGGCAGCGAGGGCGGACCUGAGGAGACCAGCGCUGUGGAAGAGGACAGGGUCCCAGUGGUCUGUAUGUGAAGAGGAGGAACAGAGGCCCCGGCUUCACCCAGCUUCAAACCGUCCCUGGACCUGCCCAUCUGAGGGGCCCCAGGGCCUCCAGAGCCACUGGCCAGAUCCUGCCGCUGCCACAGCACCAGCGCCGCCCAAGGCCACGCCUGCCUAGCCCUUUGGCUCUAGCCUGUGGAUGUUCUCUCACUCCCAUGGGCUCCUGCCGCCCGCGCUGUGGCUUGACUGGACAGCACAGGGCCUGGUGGGAAGAGCCACUGCCCUGCCCAGACGAACUUACACAGGCAGGGACGGCUGGACCACAGAGUUUAUUUUUGUAUUUUGUGCUGGGUCAGGCUUGGGCCUGCACAAUCCAGCCCAAAGGGCUGGAGACCCAGCAGGCGGCCCCCAGGGGUCAUCUGCCCACUUGUACCCCCCACCUUGCCCAUUGGGCAGCGUGCACUGAGUGUCACUUUGCUGCAGCUGGUUUGUUUCCAAUAAAAGUUUCUGUGACUUA